AACCACAGUCUUACUGAGGAGGCAGGAAGCGCCGCAGCUCGUGUCGCGGCGCGUGCUGGGUAACCGGAGUCAGGCGGCUCUCCUCGUAGCACGCGGAGGCGAACGGAGACCCAGGACUCUGGCCAGCCACUUCUGGGAGUUGCCUUUUUCCCCCCCUUCCUCUCUCGGUCCGGAGUUGGAACCCAAGACCUCGCGCUGGCUUGGAAAACGCUCCACCACUGGGCUACAUCCCUCGCCCCUUCUGCAAAAAUUUGUGCUGCGAAUAUGUCUCCACAUCAACCCAAACAACUUGGCUUGGUCUGUGUAUUUUAAACACGCCGUCUCUUGGCCACCCAGAUUUGGAAGUCAGAGGAGUACCAUGGCAGAGCAGGAUGUGGAGAACGAGCUCUUGGAUUAUGAAGAAGAUGAAGAGCCCCAGGCUCCUCCAGAGAGUACUCCAGCUCCACCUAAGAAAGACGUCAAGGGGUCCUACGUCUCCAUCCAUAGCUCUGGCUUCCGAGACUUUUUGCUGAAGCCAGAGCUCCUGAGGGCCAUAGUGGACUGUGGUUUUGAACACCCAUCCGAGGUCCAGCAUGAGUGUAUCCCCCAGGCCAUCCUGGGCAUGGACGUCCUGUGCCAGGCCAAGUCUGGGAUGGGCAAGACGGCUGUCUUCGUGCUGGCUACUCUGCAGCAGAUCGAGCCUGUUAAUGGACAGGUGACAGUCCUGGUCAUGUGCCAUACGAGGGAGUUGGCCUUCCAAAUCAGCAAGGAGUAUGAGCGCUUCUCCAAAUACAUGCCCAGUGUCAAGGUGUCUGUGUUCUUUGGGGGCCUCUCCAUCAAGAAAGAUGAAGAAGUGUUGAAGAAGAAUUGUCCCCACGUAGUGGUGGGGACACCAGGCAGGAUCCUGGCCCUCGUGCGGAACAGGAGCCUCAACUUAAAAAACGUGAAGCACUUUGUGUUGGACGAGUGUGACAAGAUGCUGGAGCAGCUGGACAUGCGGCGGGAUGUGCAGGAGAUCUUCCGCCUAACGCCUCAUGAGAAGCAGUGCAUGAUGUUCAGUGCCACCCUGAGCAAGGAGAUCCGGCCAGUCUGCAGGAAGUUCAUGCAGGAUCCCAUGGAGGUGUUUGUGGACGACGAGACCAAGCUCACGCUGCAUGGGCUGCAGCAGUACUAUGUCAAGCUCAAGGACAGCGAGAAGAACCGAAAGCUCUUUGACCUCCUGGAUGUGCUGGAGUUUAACCAGGUGGUGAUCUUCGUCAAAUCUGUGCAGCGCUGCAUGGCCCUGGCCCAGCUCCUUGUGGAGCAGAACUUCCCAGCCAUCGCCAUUCACCGGGGCAUGGCCCAGGAGGAGCGUCUGUCACGCUACCAGCAGUUCAAGGACUUCCAGCGGCGGAUCUUGGUGGCCACCAAUCUCUUUGGCCGAGGGAUGGAUAUUGAGCGCGUCAACAUCGUCUUCAACUAUGACAUGCCCGAGGACUCGGACACCUACCUCCACCGGGUGGCCCGCGCAGGUCGCUUUGGUACCAAAGGCCUGGCCAUCACUUUUGUGUCGGAUGAAAAUGAUGCCAAAAUUCUCAAUGAUGUCCAGGACCGGUUUGAAGUGAAUGUGGCUGAGCUUCCGGAAGAAAUCGAUAUCUCCACAUACAUCGAGCAGAGCCGGUAACCACGCGCCUUGAAGACCCAGCCGCCCUGCUUCCCACGUGCUGCUUCAUGUCCUCUUUCUAGGCAACAGAUGGGUGUCUCUUUUUACUGUUCAAAAGCUGUAGAUUUGUGUAAGAAUAAAUUUUUAUUAUGGAAGCCUGA